GCGGGGCCGGCGGCGGGCGCCGUGAGCGCCGAGCGGAGCCUGGCGUGGGGGCCCGGGCUGGAAGCCGCCGCGGCCCUGCCCGUGCGCUACUUCUACGUCCAGGCGGUCAGCGCGGCCGGGCUCAACUUCUCCCGCUCCCCGGCAGGAAGAACACAGUUUAAAGUGGUAAUUAAAGCACUUUCUCCAAAAGAAAUCAGCAGAAUUUACACCUCUAAGCUUCUGGAUAGGAAUGAUGGCACAUUUCUUAUGCGCUAUCGGAUGUAUGGGAGUGUCCGAAAAGGGUUAAAAAUUGAGAUACUUUAUGGUGAUAAGCAUGUAGCUCGAUCUCCUUAUAUUUUGAAAGGACCAGUUUAUCAUGAAUACUGUGAUUGUCCAGAAGAAGACCCUGAGAUCUGGCAAAACAUUCUCUCUUGUCCAUCCCAAGAACCUCAGAUUACUAAGGACUUCACGUCUUUUCCCACUAUUGACCUUCAGCGAAUGCUCAAAGAAAUCCCAACAAAGCUCAGUCAGACAAGAGGUGCUAUUGUUCAUUACACUAUUCUCAAUAACCACAUUUACCGUCGCUCCUUGGGGAAGUACACAGACUUCAAAAUGUUCUCUGAUGAAAUGUUGCUUUCACUGGCAAGAAAGGUUCGUCUUCCUGAUGUCGAGUUUUAUCUUAAUGUUGGAGAUUGGCCAGUUGAGUAUCGAAAAGCCAAUGAUACACCUGGUCCUAUACCUGUCAUUUCAUGGUGUGGCUCUGUAGAUUCAAGAGAUAUAGUCCUUCCAACAUAUGAUGUAACUCAUUCAACUCUUGAAACCCUACGUGGUGUCACAAACGAUCUUCUUUCUAUUCAAGGCAACACAGGCCCUUCCUGGGAAAACAAAACUGAGCGAGCUUUAUUUAGAGGUCGAGACAGCCGAGAAGAACGUCUCUAUCUUGUCAAACUAUCCAAGGAAAAUCCGGAACUAUUAGAUGCUGGAAUAACUGGAUAUUUCUUCUUCAGAGAAAAAGAAAAAGAUCUGGGAAAGGCUCAGCUGAUGGGUUUCUUUGACUUCUUUAAGUACAAAUACCAGGUGAAUGUAGAUGGGACUGUAGCAGCUUACAGAUUUCCGUACCUCUUGCUGGGUGACAGCCUAGUAUUGAAGCAAGCUUCUCAGUACUACGAACACUUCUAUACUGAAUUAAAACCAUGGAAACAUUAUGUUCCAGUUAAGAGAAGUUUAGAAGACUUGCUAGACAAAAUCAAAUGGGCUAAGGAAAAUGAUGAAGAAGCAAGAAAAAUUGCUAAAGAAGGACAGUUAAUUGCAAGAGAACUGCUUCAGCCUCACAGGCUUUACUGCUACUAUUAUAAAGUGUUCCAGAAAUAUGCCAAACACCAAGCCAGCAAACCUGAAAUACGGGAUGGAAUGGAGCUUGUACCUCAGCCUGACGACAGAGACUCAGUAUGCAGCUGCCACAGGAAAAAGCCUUUAAGGGAAGAUCUAUAACUGUACCAGAUGGAGAAAAUCACUCACUUAUGAUGCAAGAAUUUAAAUAGGAGUCAAGCUGUGAAAUCUAAGACACUUACACACUAGCAAACAUUCUUAGUUAAAGUAUUCUAUUGUAUUUACAUAUCCUUUUUCACACUGACUCUGAUCUGCAACGUUGGUUCCCACAGUUUUGUCUCCGUGACCACCACCACACAGGUACUGAACCUGUAAUGGGGAGCUUCUCGGGGACUUGUCUGCUGUACUGGAUCAUCAGGAAGAAGAGCGCGGUGCUGUUCCUGGUCCAGCUAGGACCUAGGUACCACAGUGGUAUGGGGAAUCAGUCAUCCACAAGAAAGCUUUGAUGAGUCAGUGCAAAUUAUUCUAAAGGAGCAUUUGCAACAUACUAAAACAGUGUUAUGAUUUCUUCAUAAAGUUUACCUCAGUGUUAGACUGAUUCUUGUAUACCAAAAACUUUUCUAACUAGACAAAUAAAAAUAGUAUUUGAGAUUUACAGGUUUCAAA